ACAGAAAUGUGAACGGCCAGACAGGAGGGGCCACAACUACGCUGUGUGAGUGGCCAAGAUAUAAACAACACACAUCUCCCAAGGGCUGACAUCGAACUGAAACAGCCGAACUUCACUUCUGCAGGACUGGGCUAAGAUAUAAACCAGACUGCCGAGGUGAUAUAGUGAGAGAGAAGGGAGUGCUGCCCAUGGACUAAACGUUGCUGCUACAGCCAAGACAAAACAGGAAAAAACCUUUGCCGUCCCACCAUGGAUGAUGACUUUGACCGCCGUAUGGAGCUGAGGAGACAGAGGAGGGAACAGAUACGCCUCGAGGCAGAGGGUACGAGCUACGGUUCGACCAAUGACGAUGACGAGGAGGGGGCCCGUGAGAAGAGGAGGCUGGCUCGCGAGGAGCGAAUGAAAAACAGGGAGACUGAAAACUCCAGCAGCACUGUGGAUGAAGUUAUCAACACCAACAGCGUGUCAGAGACAGAGUCAUCUUCUGUCAGUGCUGUGAGCUCGUCGGGCGUUGUUGAGGACGACACAGUCCUGCUGGAUCGUCUGGCCAAGAGGGAGGAACGCAGGCAGAAGAGGAUGAUGGAGGCCCUGGAGAGACAGAAGGAGUUUGACCCCACCAUCACCACCACCACCACCAACGGCACAGAUGUCAGUCCAGAGGAUCAGUCCUCCAACCACAGGGGGCACCACCAAGAAGCAGAGGAGAAGGAGGUAGGGGUAACCUCCGAGACUAACUCCUGGAGGAGAGAAGAGGAGGAGGAGCAGAAGGAGGAAGUGAAGGUGCAGAAAGAACCCCUGAAAGAGGAGGAGUGUGAACCUGUUCCUGAGCCAGAGCCAAAGAAGGCAGAGGAGAAGAAUGAGGAAGAGGUGGAGGAGGAGAGACCAAGUAGGUCUUUGAGAGAACAGGAGGAGGUUGAGGAGAAGCCGGUAGUAUCAGACAGAGAGGUAGAGAAAACAAAUGUAGAGAAGGAAGAAGAGGUAAAGGAAGAUGAGACAGAAACAUUGCAGAGAGAAGCAGAGGAAAAGGCCAAGAGAGAAGCAGAAGAAACAGCUAGAAGAGAAGCGGAGGAAAUGGAAAGAAGAAAAGCCGAAGAAAAAUCCAAGAACGAAUCAGAAGAAAAAAUGAAGAAAGAAUUAGAGCAGAAAUCUAAGAAAGAGGCAGAAGAAAAUGCAAAAAGAGAAGAAGAAAAACAGAAGAAAGAACUGGAGCAGAAAUUGAAGAAAGAGGCAGAGGAGAAAGCUAAGAAAGAAGCACAGGAGAAGGCAAAGCAAGAAGCAGAGGAAAAAGCAAAAAAAGAAGCACAGACCAAAGCUAAGAAAGAAGAAGAAAAAGCCUUAAAAGAGAAGAAAGAGAUGGAAGAAAAAGCUCAAAAAGCAAAGAAGGAGGCUGAAGCAAAGUCUCAGUUAUCCAAAAAAGCUGAAGAAAAAGCCCAGAAAGUUGUUGAGGAAAAGCCACACAAACUUGGCCUACGGGAGAAGCAGCAGAAUGGAGGUCUCCAUGACAAUAGUGUGUCCAAAAACAAGAAACCAGAAAGAACCCUAAGCCCUGGCACCACCGGCUCCACUGAAGCAGAGGACCUGAAGCGUCAGGAAGCGGAGCGUAAGCUGGAGGAGUUGAAGCGUCGCCGCGACGAUGCAGAGAGCAAGGAGUUGGAGAAGAUGAAGCAAAAGCAUCAGGAAGCAGAGGCAGAGGUGGGGGAACUGAAGAAGAAGAGGGAGGAGAGGAGGAAGAUCAUAGAGGAGGAGGAAAGACAGAAGAAAGAGGAAAUGGCAGAGAAGAAGGCCAAAGAGCAGGAGGAGAGGAGGAAGAUGAAGGAGGAGAUAGAGCGAAGGAGAGCAGAGGCUGUGGAGAAGAAGAAGCAAAUGGGGGAGGGAUCUGCCGACGCAAAGCUGGCCUUCUCGUGUCUCACCCCCAAGGGCUCCUCUAAGAUUGGGGAGAGGGCAGAGUUCCUGAACAAGUCAGCCCAGAAGAGCAGUUCAGUCAGGACAUCGCACACUCCUAUUGUCUCCAAAAUAGGCAACAGACUGGAACAAUACACUACUGCCAUCCAGAGCAACAAGGACAUCAAGUCACCCAAGUCCCCAGUCACGGACCUCCCUGUGGGCGGCACACGCAGCAUCAAGAAUAUGUGGGAGAAAGGCAACGUCAUAGGGGCUUCUGAGAGUCCAGCUGCUACAAAUAAGGAUGCCGCUGGUAUCAAAGUGGGCGUUGCAGGGCGUGUCAACGACUGGCUGGCCAAACCCCCAGAGGCGGGCAAGGCAGCAGCCAGUGCGCCUGGGGACCUGAAACCAGUUGAUGUCACUAACAAGCGUGGCCUAUGGGAAACCAAGAAGAGCUCUACCCCUGCCAAGGUGACUGAUGGAAGCAACAUCAAAUCUGUCACUAAUGCAGGAAAGGGACACUAACCAUUAAAUACUCACUGAGAAGACCCUGACUGAUCAAGUGCGAUACUCAACCAUGUGUUUUCAUGAACUGAACUACACAUCACCUCCCAGGGUACAUGUGAGGUUUUCAGAAAUGGGCAAGACGAAGGGGUCAUAAAAAAAAUUAUGUAUAUAAACAAUGUAUUUAAAACCCUCAAACUUGGUGGAAAAGCACUUGCACAAUGUCUAUUAUUCCUUUAAAUAAUGUAUGCUGUGAAACAAAGAUAUUUGAUCAACUUGAUUUAACCAUCAAAAACAUUUGUGUUUAAAACCACGUCCCAACCAUUAUGUGCUUGACUUAAUUUCUUUACUGAAUAAAAGAAAUUCAAAGAAUGACAAACUUUACAAUUGUCUUCAGAACAGUUAGACCUUACAGCUUUGGUAACCAUGUUGAGCAGUUAUCCCAGCAUACAGAGUCAUUUGAAGUUAUUGAUAUGGGUCGUUGGUCCCCAGUAGCCUACUGUUUCAAACAUUUAUUUUUGUAAACGUUUCACGUUAGCUUGCUGUCUUGCCACAUCCUACCAAAUUCAGGAUAAAUGAAUGUCACACAUUCAUGCUCAUGGUGUAAUGUCAUUGUGAUGUAGUGCAUAUUCUUUGCAUAUGAAUGGGAAUUGUAGUCUCAUAUUUUAUCGUCAUACACUUAUCACAGCUUUUUAGAGAUAUAGUCACAUUUUGAUAUACUCACAUUCUGAUACUGAAAUGCAAUAUGAGUGAAAUAGUAAAUAGUCAAAAUAGACAGAUUGUUAGAUCACAGUAGAUUUUCCAAAAGGCUUUGUUUUGUUUUUUUGACCACAGAUUUCCACUAAGCUGGAUAAUGAGUGAUUAGCCUGUACUUACUUUUUUUUGUCCAGUGAAUAAAUUUGAAAGAGAAAACAGAAAUCAUUAGGAUAAUAUGCACUGGUGGCUGUAUCUAUUUAACACCUCUGAGUGGCAAUGCCUCGGACUGCAGAAGUUUACCAGAUGGUGAACAACCCCUGUCCAUAAGUGUUAGUUUGAAACCAAAACAAUGCAAAGGCCUAACCUGGAAAAGUGGGACAGAAUUGAUAAAUGAUUCAGUCAUAUGUUUAACAGUUUUACUUGUAUGCCAGUUUUUUCUUAAGGAACAUCCCUUCAACGUCAGCAACACAAAACAUAUGGGUUCACAACUAAAUAUCUCCACACCAUGAAUUAGAAUGUUCUUUGUGAAAGAGAACAAUUAUAUAUUUGUUUACAAUUUUAAAUGGAUAUUUUAAUGGGGGAUUCUCACACAAUUAGCUUCAAUAUGAUGCCUUGUUAGUUAAGGGAAUUUUUGGAACCUGUACUCUAGUUUCACAGAAAGAGUCUGAGUAUGAAGUUGAUCUCAAUGAAAGGUCAGUUUGACACCUGUCUGACUUACUAGUAGUCUUAUUAGUAUUGUUGUUAUUAUUAGCCAUUUCUGUUUGCAUUUUGGAUGAUUUUGUUUGAAGGUCAUGUUUGAAGCUUUGCCAUUGUCCCUGCUUCAGCAAAAAAAAUAAAUGUGGAGUGUUUUGUUGUCA